UCAAUGGGAACGCUGAAUAAGAAGCAAAUUUUGAGUAAAGUGGGUUGCCGUUCUUGAAGGCUGUCUUGUAAUAUUUCCUCCUGUGCGAGCGUAGGGAUCUCGCGCUAUAUAAGAGGGCCCGGACGGAGGCUGGAUCCUCUUUCAGGUCCUCGGUUCCAAGAUGACAAAGAAAAGAAGAAACAACGGCCGUGCGAAAAAGGGCCGCGGCCACGUGCAGCCUAUUCGCUGCACUAACUGCGCUCGCUGCGUGCCCAAGGACAAGGCCAUUAAGAAGUUCGUAAUCCGCAACAUAGUGGAGGCCGCGGCCGUCAGGGACAUAUCCGAAGCGAGCGUUUUCGAUGCCUAUGUGCUUCCCAAGCUGUAUGUGAAGCUGCAUUAUUGUGUGAGUUGCGCCAUUCACAGCAAGGUGGUCAGAAAUCGAUCUCGUGAAGCCCGCAAGGACCGGACGCCACCUCCGCGAUUUAGACCUGCUGGUGCUGCCCCACGGCCUCCACCAAAGCCCAUGUAAGGAGUGUAAUCUUUAAGGGCUGAAGAAAAGUUGUCCUCUGGAAAAAUAAAGUGGAAUCUAUGGUUUAUGUAGUA